AUGGCCGCCGUAUACACUGGACCGUCAGUUGCCGAUAUGCUUGCGAACCGCACACUCGCCAAAGAAAUUAUCGCACGCAAUAGUGACCCCGAGCCUAUCCUCGACGCAGACGAGCUGGCACUGUUGGAACAGUUUGUCAACGAUCCCAAUCGGGCCAACGCUAUCCUUGAGUCAAAGGGUCUUGCGGCCGAUCCAAAGAACUUAGGCAGCCUGGUAGCAUAUGUCAUCUCCCUCCACGCCACCGACAGCCCCGCCCUAAGCGCUGAAGACAUUAGCUCCUUGAAGGCUUGGUAUGCGAACAACGCCGGAGAGGAGGCCUGA